UGACAAUAACAGAGGUUUGACAAAGCAAGCGGAAAUGGCAACCGGUGGGCUGACACAGACGGCGGAAAACCGUGUUUACCUAUUCCGGUUGCAAAUACUCAUUAUAGACGGAGGUCUCAUGGUUUUGAGAAACAUACUAGAUCAGACUCUGACUGCAAAAGGUUUGACUCUAAACGUAUGUUUGAAUCAAGAAAAGUUUGCAGUUACACGUUUGAAAAGCCGCGGAAUUAUAACACAGGUACAAUAUGACCAAUUGUUUCCAGCGGUUGGUCAAGUUCCAACUACGUCGGAUAUGGACAUCACGCUAAUCAUUUGCCUUCUAAGAUGCCUGAAGUGUUUUGGAUUGAAUAAGAAAUUUGACUGGAACGCAACACCUAUACCAACCGAUGUAACAGUCGAGGCAGAUAUAUGUCGAUUAAAAGCUUUCCGAAAUCAAAUAAGCCAUAUAUCAAAAACAACUAAUAUACAGUCGAAUGACUUUGUAACCUGGUGGAAUGACAUCGAGCAGAUACUUGUUCGACGAAGUUCUUCAGCUCUGAAUAUUCAGCAAACCAUUAACGAUUUCAAAAUCUGCCCUCUAGACCCAGAGGAACAGAAAAGGGUAGAAGAAGAAAUAAAAAAGUGGAAGGACUAUGAAGCCGAUGUUGAUCGAUUGAAAGAAGAAAUGACAUAUGUAAAGGAAAGAGUUACUGAAGUGGAGAAAACCCAAGAGGAGAUCAAAAGACAACUAGAUGAAGGUCUGUUAUGUGAUGCUUUUUGUUCGAAUAUCAUAAAAAAUAAUUAA